AGUGCCCUGAAAACACGUACAAGUCCCAGUACGGGCUCCACGCAUGCCUACCCUGUCAGGAGCACGCCUUCAGCCCAGAGGGCAGCACUGAACCGGAAAUGUGUCAGUGUCUGGAUGACGCAGGCAGACCGAUAAAGGACAUCACCACGUGCAAGGCGCCAGUACGGCCAUACAGAGUCACAGCGCACCUGCCUGCGAAGGACGAAGAGCCAGAUGUGCAAGUUAAGCCAAGUUCGAUCCUGCCCAAAGUGUAUGUACCAAUGGGCGUGGCCUCCUUUUUGUCCGCCACCUGCAUCGUCAUCGUCCUCGCUGUCUGCUGUCGACGUCGCCGGUCCAGAUACGCACAGCUUUUCUUUACAUCAAGGAAAAAGGGAGUGAAGAUAAUACACGGUUCGCCAGACGAGUGUAGAUUUCCAGAUGGAAAAUAUUUCUCCUUCGAGGGGAGGUAUGCCGAAUGGACUCAUAUUACCGUAAAGCGGAUAAAAAUUGGACGUCUUCUUGGAAGAGGGGCAUUUGGAAACGUGCACGAGGGCUUCGCGUACGGUACCGGGAUAACAGACAAUCGUCCAUUGCGUGUAGCGAUCAAACGCCUCAAGGAUAGCGCGUCGGACGAGGAAAGACAAGCAUUCAAGACAGAACUGGACCAAAUGCGUCUCCUUGGCAACCACACAAACAUCAUUGGUCUCGUGGGAUCGUGCAGUCUUAAUGGUCAAAUGGCGAUACUUAUGGAGUACGCUGAGAUGGGCAACUUAUUGUCAUAUCUGAAGGAGAAGUCGGCCAAGUUGGAGAACUACGUUAGUGUGAGUGCAGAUGGCGCUAUUGCCGAGGAGAAGUCUCGCCAAAUCACGGAGGAGACCGAGCUGAUGUUGUUUGCUUGGCAGAUCGCCAGAGGAAUGGCACAUCUAGAAUCCCUCAAGUGCGUGCAUCGGGAUCUUGCCUCGCGGAAUGUACUCAUCGCAGCCGGACCAAUCGCAAAGAUCUCUGAUUUCGGGCUAACUCGGGACGUGUAUGAAAAUGGCUACUACUUCAGAGCAUCUAAGGGCCGUCUCCCCUACAAGUGGCUCAGUCCGGAGGCGUUAUUGUGGGGUCAGUACAGCACCAAGAGCGACGUGUGGUCAUUUGGCGUCGUCCUGUGGGAGAUCGCCACCCUGGGAGGGAGCCCCUACCCCGGAGUGCCUGCUGACCAUCUGUCGGAGCUCCACAGGACAGGCUACCGCAUGGCCCAGCCCCCCAACUGUCCUGACAAACUGUAUGGAAUUAUAAGCGCUUGCUGGAACGAAGAUCCCAGACAGAGGCCGCCAUUCCACAGACUGACAGAGAUUCUCGACCAGCUGCUUCUGGGAGUUGCAGAACGGGAAUACCUCGCACUGGAAAGUGUCCCUAAACAGGAGACGAUUCACUCAUCGCAGACGAAAUCAGCUGAUACGAUCGUCCGCCAAGAAAAUACCAAGCCAUCUGUCGGAAGGACAACCAGCGUGGACACAAGCGACACGUCAACUUCCGGUUAUUCCAGUUCGCAAACUGGUUUUUAUUCCUGAAGUAUCCUGUCAACAAGUUCCACAACUGGAUUUGUUAACCGGUUCGCUGCUUUGGUUCGCUUCGAAACAGUUGUCUCAUCUAAACAUCGACCCAGUUGUGAAACAUUUUCUUAAAGACCCAAUAAAGAUUUGGACAGGUGGAACAACACUGACAUCGACUGAAAACGGGUGUUGAAAUAGCCUUAUGGGAAAAACAUUUUUCGUCACGCCGAAUCCCCAGGUUCGAUUCCGUAUAUAUGGGUACAAACUUUUCUCCACAGUACUCCAUGUGGCGGAACAUAUUUGUGAGAGUUUGAAUUGAGAUUAUUUUUUUAGAUUUAUACGAACGCAUCUCGACAUGUGAUAUGAUAUUGGUCUUGAUCUUCUAUGAAUUCCGACAGAGGCCUCCCUUUAACAAGGUUCUACCCACAGAAUAAGUGACCUUUGUGACAUUUAGGUUUUACAUAGCUGGUACCGAGAAAAGCCAUAUGGACAAACUUCAUAAUCGUGAGCAUUCUCCGACUUUGGAAAGGUUAACGUGACCCUACAAGUGUGUAGAAAACUCCGCCAAUAAGACCAUAUUGCUGCAUUGCUGGUUCAGGAACUGGAUCAUUGGUGUGUUUGGCAAAGAGACCUUCGCCUCUAACACCAUAUUGCUGGUUUAGUUACUGGAUCGGUAAUGCGUUUGGCAAAGAGACCUCGGCCUUCAAGACUAUGUUGCUGGUUCAGGAACUGGACCGUUAGUGUGUUAGGCAGGGAUACCUCCGCCUUCAAGACCUUGUCGCUGGUUCAGGAACUGGAUUGGUAGUGUGUUUGGCAGAGGGACUUCCGCCUUCAAGACUAUGUCACUGGUUCAGUUACUGUAUCGGUAGUGUGUUUGGCAGAGAUACCUCGGCCUUCAUGACUAUGUCGCUGGUUCAGGAACUGGAUUGGUAGUAUGUUUGGCAGGGAUACCUCGGCCUUCAUGACUAUGUCACGGGUUCAGUUGCUGGAUUGGUAGUGUGUUUGGCAGAGGGACUUCCGCCUUUAAGACUAUGUCACUGGUUCAGGAACUGGAUUAGUAGUGUGUUUGGCAGAAGGACUUCCGCCUUCAAAACUAUGUCGCUGAUUCAGGAACUGGAUUGGUAGUGUGUUUGGCAGAGGGACUUCCGCCUUUAAGACUAUGUCACUGGUUCAGGAACUGGAUUAGUAGUGUGUUUUGCAGAAGGACUUCCGCCUUCAUGACUAUGUCGCUGGUUCAGGAACUGGAUUGGUAGUGUGUUUGGCAGAGGGACUUCCGCCUUUAAGACUAUGUUGCUGGUUCAGGAACCGUAUUGGUAGUGUCUUAAGCAGAGAGACCUCGGCUUUAAGAUCAUAUUUCUGGUUGAGGAGUGUUAAACAGAGAGACCUCCGCCUUCAAAACCAUGUUGCUGAUUCAGGAACUGGAUCGUUAGAGUGUUAAGCAGAGAGGCCUUCGCUUCCAAGACUAUACUGCUGGUUCAGGAAUUGGAUCGUUAGUGGGUUCGUGAGGUUUUCCGCCCUUCAGUUCUUUUCAAGUUUGAAUAUUCUGUGUUGGCAUGUACAAACCGCCGCUUUGUUCUGUAUUCUUUAUAUGUAUCCUCGGUCCGAAUCAAGCCAUGUCCCUUUUCCUGCAUGACCAGAGAGUGCUCUGCCAAUGGACACUGAUGUGGCAUUACCCAAAUGGCAAUAUUUCUUCUGAAGAAUGUACAUCUAUAUGCAAAUUUAACUUCAUGCAGUCAGGACCCGUGAAGAUCCGGGUUAUAAUUAAUCUUCAGCAACCCAUGCUUGUCGUAAGAGGCGACUAACUG